AUGAAUUCUCAAGUGUUUAGUUUGAAAAUUAUUAUUAUGGGAUUUAGUGGUGUUGGUAAAUCGUCAGUGGCUCUAAAUUACACGCAUAAUAUCAUUCUAACAGAGUUUAAUCAAGCACAUGGUGAUGAAUUUAAAAAGACCAUUCAGAUCAAUGACCACACUAUCUUAUUAGAAAUAUAUGAUACGAGCGAAGAUGAGUUCGUCGCAUUGAGAAAUCAAUACAUAAAACAGGGAGAUGGAUUUGUAUUGAUAUAUUCUAUUACAUCAAAAGAAUCAUUUGAAGAAAUAAAAGGAAUUUAUGAAGAAAUUUAUCGAGUUAAACACAAAGAUAAGAAUGAACCAAUUCCAAUUAUUAUAGUUGGAAAUAAAUGUGACUUAGAAAAUGAAAGAGAAGUAACAAAAGAAGAAGGUAUGAAUUAUGCAGACAGUAUUAACUGUCCAUUUAUUGAAUGUAGUGCUAAAACAAAAGAAAACAUCAAUCAAAUCUUUGAAAUAAUCACAAGAAAUAUUCUUGAACAAAAAUAUCAAAGAGAAGAAGAAGAAAUAUGGACAAUAAAAAAACCUAAAAGAGAGAAAGGAUGUUGUGUUGUAUAA